CAGCUAUAAAUUAUCUCCUGGUCGAAGGGAGACGUACCAAGAAUUAUUAGAAACUUGGAAAAAUCAUCAGAAACCCAUCUGCCUAGAAAGAGAGAAAGAGGGUGGGAACAGUGCCAAAUGGGGAGGAACCCUUGCUGUUCGAAGGAGGGCCUGAACAGAGGAGCUUGGACUGCCCAUGAAGACAAAAUCCUCACCCAGUACAUUAAAGCACAUGGUGAAGGCAGCUGGAGAAAUCUCCCCAAAAGAGCAGGUUUAAAGAGAUGUGGGAAAAGUUGUAGGCUUCGCUGGUUGAACUAUCUGAGACCAGAUAUCAAAAGAGGUAACAUAUCAGCAGACGAGGAAGAGCUUAUCAUCAGACUUCAUAAGCUCUUGGGAAACAGAUGGUCUUUGAUAGCUGGGAGGCUUCCAGGGCGAACAGACAAUGAAAUAAAAAAUUACUGGAACACUAACUUAGGGAAAAAGGUACAACAUCACCAAAACCCAUCAGCAGCUCCAGGACACAACAAAUCUAAUGGAAGAGUUACGAGGAAAAGAGAGGCCCAGCUGGCCACCGCCGCUGGCACUCCCUCAUCACAUGUUGUCCGAACAAGGGCAAUCAGGUGCUCCAAAGUUUUCAUAAACCCUCAUCAAAAGAUUGAACCUUUUGACAGGAACAGAGAGGCCAAGCCUUCAAUAGAUGGGGAGUGUCGACCAAUGACUCAAACAUCGGCACCUUCACCAAUUAAGGCCUUGUCUGAAAAUGAAGAUCAGAAUGUUCAUAAUAAACCCUUCGAUUUCAUGGUUGACUUCAACAUGGGAGAGUUUUGUCUAUCAGAACUUCUCAAUUCUGAUUUUUCUGAUCUAGUGGGCCUUAAUUAUAGCAAUGAUAGUAGCAAUGCUAUAUCGCCUUCAUCCGACCAGCCUCUCAUUUUCUCUGAGGAAAUACUACAAGACUGGACCUCCAGCCACCACGCUCAACAAAAUGUGGCUUCAAAUCCCCAUUCUUUGGCUUCAUUUCUUGACUACGGAGAGGAAUGGCUCGCAGAAUAACAGAGUAAUUACUCCAUAUUGUAGAGAAAAUAAUUGACUAUGCUAAUACUCUAGCUUCUUCUUUUUUUCUUUUUUGUGCCUUUAACUAUCUGAGGACUGUCGACGUCUAGACGAAUUUUGGAUCACAUUUUCACGUGGGAAUGUUUGUGGCAGCCUGAGUUAAAUAAAUAAAUAAAUUAGAUGUGAAAUGGGUUUAAUUUGUGCUUAUCGGGGAGAAUCUUGUAAUAAAGAAAUAAAGAGCUUUUUCUGUUUCGUGCUCGUCAUGAGCUCAUGCGUGUCAAUGUUCGUUGUUAAUUGAAUGUCAUCAUUCACGGUAUACGUAUUA